AGCAGCCAGUCAUGUCAGGACAGGCGUUUAGAAACUUUCUUCCCCUCUUUGACCAAGUUUUAGUUGAAAGGAGUAUAGCCAAAACUGUAACCAAAGGGGGCAUUUUGCUUCCAGAAAAAUCUCAAGGAAAAGUGUAUGGAUGGGGCUCUAGAGAAAAGAGAGAGAUUCAACUAGUUAGCGUGAAAGUUGGAGAUAAAAUUCUCCCAGAAUAUGGAAGCACCAAAGUAGUUCUGGAUGACAAGGAUUAUUUCUGGUGACAUUCUCAGGAAGUAUGUAGGCUAAAAUAAAUCAUUAUUGAAAUGGCGUCAUGUGAAGCUGCCCAUUCUAGUAAAGUUGUGAAAUCUUCCAUCAUGUAAAUAAUUUCCAUGUCUCUCUUUUAUAAUAACCUAAUGGUAUCCCAAACAAAACAAAUAAAACAUAGGGGGAAAUCUUCAUGAUAUUAAACUUGGCAGUGAUUUUUUUGGAUAUGACACCAAAAGCAAUGGCAACAGAAGAAAAAAUAAUAAAAUUGAACUUUAUCAAAUAAAAGUUUUAUGCAUCAAACAAAGGUCACUAUCAAGAGAGUAAAAAGACACCCCACAGAAUGAGAGAAAAUAUUUGCAAACUAUAUAUCUGAAAAGAGAUUAAUAUCCAGAACACAUAAAGAAUUCCCACAAUUCAACCACACAAACAGAAAGAAAAUUCAAAAAUGGGCAAAGGACUUAAAUCAACAUUUCUCCAAAGAA